AUGACACACUGUUCGGUGGACGAGCUGCGGACGGGUUUGGCAAACGCCACAAAAGAGACGCAUAAUCUUUGGGAGGAGAACAAAGAUCUGCAGGGCAGAUUCGUUAAUGAUCUAAAUGAAAUAUCCCGAAUACAGCAGGCUAUAGCCCAACUAGAACGAGAACAUCGCCAAGAUCAGUUGCAACAUGCGCGACAUUCGAUGACAGAAAUGCAGAGGAGGGCAUCGCAAUUAUAUUCUGUGUUGACAACGAAAAGAGAGGAAAUUGUUAAAAAACUGAAUGAUGGAACAAAUUUUGUGGCUUUAUUACAGAAUCAGUUGAUAAGUGAACGCCUCUUUGACUGGAAAAAUCGGCAGAAACUUGCGCAAGUGGGAGUGCCCUUUGAAAAUCGUGAUGUUAUGCUAGAUGAGAUACAGAUGGAGUUUGAAUUCUUGGCUGAACAAAAUUGGCAGCUCCAUAUGUUUGCUAGCUGGACUUUGGAUCUUCUUACUAGAGGUCCGCAAGUCAAUGACAGCCACGCCCAUUCAACCGCUUCAAAUCUGACAACUCUUGCUGAUCAGCUGACUAAGUUGCUGUUUAUGUUGAUUUCACAAAGCUUUGUGGUCUCAGUACAGCCUGAACCCGUGUUGAAGACACAACACAAGUUUGUCACUGAAGUGCGUCUACUCAUCGGAGACAAAUUAGGAAUCCGCCAACACCUUGUAAAUACCAAUGUUACAGUUAAAAUCAUAGCCGAAGAAGAAGCCAAGCUGCUGAGCGCAACACAAAUGAAUCAUAAAGACAUAAAAACUGUUGGUAGCAUUAGUAACGACUAUGAGAAAAUGACGAUGGAUGAGAGAGGACAUAUGGUAGCGAAAUUCAAUAACUCGAAGCUGACUCGCAUUGCUCACCGCAAACCUCCUCCGAAGGGUGCUUCGGCAGAUAUGAAGUGUGCUGUAAGCGCACAAGCAGCUACGGAUCAAAAAUACGCUUUGUUAUUCCAUAUCAGUCCGUUUCAGUUGGGAAAUUUGGGAAAAUUCGAUGUAUGGACUCUUUCUUUACCUCUUAUGGUGACCGUUCACGGUUCACAAGAUUGUGAUGCUCAAGGCGCUAUUAUAUGGCAUCGGGCUUUUGCAUCGGUGUCUCGUUCUCCUGGAACAACGGAUAUUACUGCAGUAGCGUGGAAGGACCUUGCUCAUGUUCUUCGACACAAAUUUACAUUAUUCACUGGCGCUCGGCGUCCACUAUCCGAUACUGAUUUAAACUACCUCUCCGAAAAGUUGCUCCUUCCAAAUGUGCCAGACCAGAAGCCAAUAACAUUUCAUCGUUUUGCGAAGCAAAACCUGCGAGAUGAUGUGUCGUUUUCGUUUUGGGAGUGGUUUUUCUCAAUUAUGCAGCUCAUAAAGCAGAAACUGCUCAAGUUUUGGGAUGAAGGUUGGUUGGUAGGCUUCAUAUCGAAACAGGACGCAUCACAAUCAAUGAUGUUGUCAAGUCAUCCGACAUUUCUUCUUCGAUUCAGCGAUACUCAGACUGGAGCUGUUAGUAUAGGAUUUGUUUGUGAAGAUGACGAUGGCCAGAAAGUUCCGUUUCAUCUUGCCCCGUUUUCAAUAAAGGAUCUCGAUCAGCUCUCAUUAGCACAACGCAUAGCAAGUUGUCCUCAGCUUAAAGAAAUUAAAUACUUGUAUCCCCAUAUGGAUAAAGAUGAAAUGUUGCGAUAUUUUGACAGCGAAGAAAGAAAUCGUGGAGGUCCCGACAGUCCUACUGGUUAUAUACAGUCAGAGAUAGUAAUGGUUGCGAAGACGACGAACAAGCCGUCGUCAGCAUCGGUUUUUAGUGGUGGCGACUCACCAUCACCACUUUCAGUACAAUCGAAACUCGAUUGGUCUCCUGGAGAGGUUAUACAGCCUAUUCAAUCAAUGGACAUCGGUGACGAUCUUGCAUCGAUGUUAUCCUCAUCUGCUUUGGAUGGCUGUAGCAAUCAGGGCGAUGUGGAAUCGCUACUGGGACCAGGAUUUCGUCCACAACUACCUUCCCAACCGCUUCAACAAGUGGAUCUCUCGUUUGUUGACUCAUUCAAUAACCCCACUUUUUAUCGUCAAGAAUGA